AUGGGCGAGUUCACCAAGAGUUUGUCGCUCUGCGCCCUGCUGCUGCUCACCCUGAGGAUUGCCCAGCACCACCGCCGCCUGACGGCCCACAACCCGCUCGAGCUCUGGGCAACCCACAACGUGCGGGUGGCCCUGGCGGAGAACGGCGGCGCCAGCAUCCGCUGCAACGCCACCGUGCUGGAGGGCCAGCACCAGUGGGUGGAGGUCACCUGGAGCGGCCUGGGCACAGGCAGCUACGACGAUUACAUUGCCCUCUUCCCCGCCGCCGGCGACCCUCUCAUCACAGCCCCCAUCAAGUACCACUGGGCGGCGCGCUCGCCCUCACACCUGAUCCUGGGCACUGGAAGCGUCACCUUCCGCCUGCUCAACAUGCGGCAGGACAUGCGGUUUGCGCUGGUGCGCAGCGGGCUGCAGUUCCCUGUGGUGGUGGCCUGGAGCGGGGUGGUGACUGUGGCCGAGCCCAACCAGCCCAUGCAGGGCCACCUGUCGCUGACCGGCAAGCCUGGCGAGGUGAAGGUGCAGUGGGUGACGCGGGAUGCGGGCAGCCCCGCGGUGCGCUGGGGCACACGCAGCGGCGCGCACGAGUGGAGCGCGGCUGGGGACAGCCUCACCUACACCCGUGCCGACAUGUGCGGCGCGCCGGCCAAUGCCAGCGGCUGGGUAGACCCUGGCUGGCUGCACGGCGCGGUGAUGGCGGGCCUGCAGCCCAGCACAACCUACUUUUACCAGUACGGGGAUGAGGAGCUGGGGUGGAGCGGCGAGGAGUCGUUUGUUUCGCCGCCUGCCACUGGCCCCGGCGCCUCGGUCAGGCUGCUGGCCGUCGCAGACCUGGGGCAGGCGGAGGUGGAUGGGUCGAUGGAAUCCAGCGAGAUGCUGCCCAGCCUGGCCACCACGGCGGCACUGGCGGCGGAGGUGCAGGCCGGCGCGCAGCUGCUGGUGCACAACGGCGACAUCUCCUAUGCGCGGGGGUUUGGCAGCCAGUGGGACACCUACUUUGACCAGCUGGGGCCUACGGUCAGGAGGGUGCCGUACAUGACCACUGUGGGCAAUCAUGAGCGCGACUGGCCCCACUCCGGCGACCGCUUCCCCGCGCAGUACGACAGCGGCGGCGAGUGCGGGGUGCCCUACUACCGCCGCACCCGCAUGCCCACCCCUGCAGAGGACAAGCCCUGGUACAGCUUCGACUUUGGGCCCAUCCACUUCUGCCAGUUCAGCACGGAGCACCUGUUUGAGCCUGGCAGCGAGCAGCACCGCUUCAUCGAGCGCGACCUGGCUGCCGUGGAUCGCAGCGUGACUCCCUGGGUGGUGGUGGGAGGCCACCGCCCCAUCUACAUCGACUCCACCUUCUACGGGCUGAUGCCUGACGGCGACCAGUACGUGGCCAAGAAGCUGCGGGACAGCCUGGAGGACCUGCUGUACCGCUACCAGGUGGACGCCACCUGGACGGGCCACCACCACUCCUACCAGCGCACCUGCGCCGUCUACCGCGGCCGCUGCCUGGGCGCGAACGCAGACGGCACCGCCAGGGCGCCGCUGCACCUGGUGAUUGGGCACGCGGGCGCCGGGCUGACCCCCAACAUCCACUUCUUCCGCCCCCGCAUCUUUGACACGGUGCGGCUGCAGCACGGGUACGUGGUGGUGGAGGCAAACGCCACCCACAUGAGCCACCGCGUGCUGGCCUCCUACGAUGGCUCCCUCCUGGAUGAGUUCACCCUGACCAAGCCGGCAGGCUGGCGAUCCCAGCCCAGGGACGUUCCGCGGGCCACGGCCGGCGGUGGCGGCAGCCCGGGCGAGGGGGCGCGACGCGGGGGCGCGUUUGCCGCCGCCUGA